AGAGAUUUAGCCGUCAUUGGUUGAGGUUAUGUUGAGAUUUGAGAUGUUGAAAAUUUAAAAGGGAUAAUAAAAGAAAAUGUUUUCUUUUUCUUAUAGUAUUUUGAAAUUCUUCAAUGGAAUGUCAAAGACAGUCGUCAGGUAUAAACAUCCUUCUGAUCACUGGUCUGUACUUCGAAAAAAAGUACAUCCCAUCCACAAAGCCCUAAAUCAUUUUGAUGACUUCUACAAUCAAGUUUUCAAUAAAAAAUGGUUUUCAAUAAGAAAGGCAUUACUGGGUCGUCAGAAGUAUGUCGCAGUAGUAAACUAUUAUGGAGAUAAUGAAUCCACUAUGUCUAAUCUGGAAUUGAGAGGAGCUUUAAAUAUGCGCACUCUAUUCAAUUUGGAGAAAGGCUACAUUAAUGAGACAGCAAAUGAAAAGAAAACAAAAAAGGUUCUAGAUGAAGUCCUGAGGUUGGAUAAAAUUGAUGAAAAUAUUGUGGAAAAUAUAAAUUCAAAUGAUUCAAAAGAAAUUGAAUUGAAUGCCAAACAGUUCUCAUUAGCAGCUAGCUUGGACAAUGCUGAGUUAGACACAAAAAGACUGGUAGAUUCAAAAAACUUAUUAUCUACUGAGAUUUUACAUGAAUUUAUCCCAGCUACAAAAAUCAAAGGGAUGGAAGAUUUCAUACCAGAAUCCAGUCAUUAUAAAAUGUAUGAUCAAGACACAAACUUUGCAGUAAAGGUUGAAAAACAAUAUGAUAUUAGAUUUCCAGAUCAUUUGAACAUUUAUUGUUAUGAAUCUGGUAACAAUAGUGAUUUUGAUUCACCUAAGAAGGGAAAGACUGGUGUAUACAACUAUUAUUUGAUGGAUGGUGGGUCUAUUCUACCUGUGCUGGCUUUAGAUAUUCAGCCAGGGCAUCGCAUAUUGGAUAUGUGUGCAUCUCCAGGUGGCAAAAGUUUACUUGCAAUACAGACAUUAUAUCCAGAAUGUGUUGUCUCAAAUGAUGUAUCAAAUUCUAGAUUAAACAGAAUCAAGAGUGUAUAUGAACAGUUCUUAUAUGAUUUUGAUGAGAAGUGGUUGGACACAGGAAAAGUAAGAUUGUCUAAUAGAGAUGGUCGUUAUAUACUAGAUGAAAGUUUUGAUAGAAUACUGGUAGAUGUUCCAUGUACUACUGAUAGACAUUCUUUACAUGAAAAUGAUAACAAUAUUUUCAAACCAUCAAGAAUCAAGGAGAGGUUGCAGUUACCAGAAUUACAGAAGGAGCUGUUACUGCAUGCUUUGAAAUUGGUUAGAAAAGGUGGCAUAGUUGUUUAUUCAACAUGUUCAUUGAGUCCUAUUCAGAAUGAUGGUGUGGUUCAUAUGGUGCUGAAACAGAUUUGGGAAGAAACAAAUAUGGAAGUUUUAGUGAAAGACAUGUCUCCUGCCUUGCUGCAAACUAGAAGUGUGUACGAAUUUGCAGUUAAAAAUGUAUUCAGAUAUGGACACUGUGUUUUACCAUCAAUUGAACAAAACUAUGGUCCUACUUAUUUUUGUAAACUUCAGAAAAUAAAUUGAAGAUG